CGUGGCAUAAUUUCAACGUCCCAAAGAAAAAGAAAAAAAGUUAAAAUCACGUGCUCUUGCUGUCUCUCUCUCUUUGAAGGAAGAAAGCAAAACCCUCCCUUGACUCCCAGCACGCUAAACAAAAAAACAAAAAAAACCCAGAGCCUCCACGCUUUCCUCCACCUCGUCUUCUCUUAGAACCCUUCUUCCCCAGAUUUCAAACUCUCAUUCCUCACGAAUCGUUCAUUCUACAAUGGCGAUUUCGUUAAGAUCAGUUACUAGAACCAAAUCGUUUUCUUCGUUUGUAUCUCGCGCUUUCUCUUCUUCUUCUUCGACUUUUAAUCCCGAAACUGACCUCAAAUCCUCAUCCUCGUUCUCUUCUCGGUUCUUUAGCAAUCCCUCUUCUUUAACUCUCGAUCUUCGCAACCCAAAGGACAGAAAUGUCCAGUGGGUUUUCCUCGGUUGCCCUGGCGUUGGUAAAGGCACUUAUGCUUCUCGACUCUCUAAUCUCCUCGGCGUUCCUCACAUCGCCACCGGUGAUCUCGUCCGCGACGAGCUCAAUUCCUCUGGUCCUCUCGCUUCUCAGCUUAAAGAGAUCGUUAAUCAAGGGAAGUUAGUUUCGGAUGAGAUUAUUAUUAGCUUAUUGUCGAAGCGACUUGAAGAUGGAGAAGCUAAAGGUGAAUCUGGUUUUAUUUUAGAUGGUUUUCCUCGAACUAUUCGCCAAGCGGAAAUAUUGGAGGGUGUAACAGAUAUUGACUUGGUGGUUAACCUAAAGCUUAGAGAAGAAGCUUUACUUGCAAAAUGCCUUGGCAGAAGGAUUUGCAGUGAGUGUGGAGGAAACUACAACAUUGCCUGCAUUGAUCUCAAGGGUGAGAAUGGGAAGCCUGGAAUGUAUAUGGCGCCGCUUCUUCCUCCUCCUCAUUGUGCAACAAAACUGAUUCAACGAUCUGAUGAUACGGAAGAAGUUGUUAAGGCGCGACUCCGUAUUUACAAUGAAAUGAGUCAACCUGUUGAAGAUUUUUACCGUCAUCGUGGGAAGCUAUUGGAGUUUGAACUUCCUGGGGGAAUCCCGGAAUCAUGGCCAAAGCUACUUCAAGCUCUGAAUCUUGAAGAUCAUGAAGAUAAACAGUCUGCAGCUGCAUGAGUUUCAAUAGCUCUGUACUAUAUUUGCAAGGUAAAUUAGGUCAUUCUUUGCUUGUGAGGGAUUUGAUAUUAUUUAAAUGGAAGGGGAGGAAACACGUAUGUGCAAUAAACAAUAAAACAUUUAGAUAAGAUAUUAUUUGGAGAGCAGGGAGGCACCAUGCACUAUUCGUGAUAUUAUAAGGUUGACGGCUGAUUUAGUUCAAGGUUAUCGCAGUGAACAAUCACUGCCAUUCAAUUUUACCAUUGAUAAUAUUAGUUUGGUUGCCUGAUGGUUUAGUCCAUGGUAAUUAUAUUGUGGCCAACUAUCAAUUGCCAUUCAAUUUUGCUGUAUCUUUUUUGGUUAUGCAACUUUUUUUCAGGGUUCUUUGGA